ACUAUCUUUGUUAAUGUAGAUUUGAUGGGCGAAGUCCUAGACUUCGGUGGUCUGGCUAUUUUACAUGGAGCAAGAAAGGAAGUUGCCAAAGUGGAGUUUACUCUAAGAGAUAUCAAGGACCAACGUAUUCAAUGCUGCCUUUAUGGGAAACUAGCUGAGAUUUUCGAUCAUCAAGUGAAACCAAACAAUGGUGAUAUUUGUUUGAUCCGAAAUGCUAAAGUCGGAUGCUUCAAGGGAGAGAUGCAAGUAACCAAUUCAUUUGAUUCUUCAUUGGUUUUGAUCAAUCCAGAUAUAACAGAGGCUCAUGCACUCAAACGGAUGUUUAUUGGCCAAGGGGACAAUGUUGAUGCGAACCAACUUCACAACAUCAAUAUUCUGACUCAUCAAAAGCGCUUGAAAUGGUCUGAAAGUCCAUUCAAAACUAUUCAGGAAAUGAAACGCACUAAUCAGGGGGAAUUAUGCAGAGUUAUUUGUGCUGUUUAUGUUGUCGAUACCAGUACUGGAUGGUAUUAUUGUGCUUGUGUUGUUUGCAACAAUAUGGUGUCAAAACAGGCUAUUUGUUUUGAUGAAGUAUAUGUUCCAAAAUGGUGGUGUAACUUUUGUCAAAGAUUUCUUUCAAAGGUUACCCCGAGAUACAAGCUGGAUUUGCUUGUGCAGGAUGAGACUGGUGAGUCCAGGUUCUCACUACAAGAUUCGGUUUCAGCUACAAUGGUAAAAUUGGGUGCAUCCAGAGUCGUUGAUGUGUAUUCAGCUGAGUUUGAAGUUGAAGAAAUGUUGCCACCCGAGAUAGUGGCAAUUGUUGGCAAAAAUUAUGGAUUUGGUGUUUCUGUUGAUGAAAUUAACAAGGCUUCUGGUGUCGACAAAAUCAGUGCCAUGAAAGUUUGGGAUAUUAAUGAUAUCAUGUGGAAAUAUUUCAAGUCUCUUCAUCAACAAGAAUCCUAUUCCAGUAAGAAGCACUCCACAGGUCCUGUGUGUAUUGAAAAGGAUGCUCGCGACGAACCAAAUGAUGAUAAAAGUGGCUGAUGCAGUCAAACAUCUUUGGUUAUUUUUUAGGUGUUUUGUUUUUUGGUUUUUUUUUAAUUCCUGG